AAAGAUGCUUUGAAUACCUCAGCACCGUGGCGAUAGCUUCCGUGCUCUCCUGUGCUGAGUUGGGUCGGCUUGUUGUUUACACAAUGACUGGAAAUUAUUUGCUCCAAGGCGCGGGUUGACAGAAAGUGACCUGGUCUGUAAUGCCUGUCUGACGGUCAUGAUCAUGGAGGCAAAAAUCAGGACUUUGCAAAGAUGCCUUGACUGCAUUAAUAAGGUCAUUAGAAAUGCAAAUGAUAUCUUGUGUGACAUUAGCCAGCCAUCCGUAUGCAGUGAAGUGUUGCUAUCGUCCCAGGGAACCGCCUAUAUCUCAGGUGUUACUGAAGUGUACAGAGUAGCAAAGAGAGUGGAAGGUGGAAUUAAAGCCCGAGGUAUAAGCGACGAGAUGCUCCAGCAAAGCCUGAGGGACAUUGAAAUAGCUUGGAACAAUCUGCAGGCUUUCCUAUCAUUCAGCCCCCCUGUGUUACGGAUGUUGCCUUCUGAAUCUACCUUUGACUGUUCGGGCGAGACUGCAAUGGCUGGGUCAGAAAAUGCUCAGGCUGAAUCUUGCGGAGUGUGUCUGCUUAGUAUACUGCCUGGAUUUAAUGGCCUGAAACAUGCAGAGAAUUUGCUGACUUAUCAAGGUGGUCACUUCCAUGCAAGUUGUGCAAACCUUUGGCUCAACUGUGUGGAUUCUAAUCUACCUGCUCUUACCGUAUCUCCGCAAACGUCCGUGGACUCUAAACCACCAGCUGUUACUGAACCAAAUGGAACUGCUGCGGACUCUAACCUAUUGCCUUUCACUGUUCCUCCGCAAAACCGCACAGACCCCAAUUUCAAGAGUCUCCCUAUAGCUACGUCUCCUUGAUAUUACACGGCGUCGAAACCCAGAGAGAAAGCUAUUGCACCAAAUCCUCUUUGGCAGCUCGCACUGCUGUGCACUUCCAGGGAAAAUAUAUUUUACGAUGGGAGUGAAGGCGGCCACUGUUUACAAGCGAAGACUUUUAUUUUUUUUUAAAAAAAAACGCCCCUUGGAUGGCAUUUAUUUUGCAAGGGGUUCAAAUCUGCUGAGGCAAACGAAAAUUGAGUUGUUCUCUAUUUGUGGUUAUUGUUGGCCAGGCAAUAGUCUAAAUAAUGACUGAACACAUCUGUAUAUAAGUGACCUAGUGUCUAUUGUCCUGUAGGGUAGUGGUUAAAGCACUCACCUCGCAACCGAGUAGAUUUGAUUCCCGGGCAGGGCAAUACCUUAGGCAAGUUUCCUUACUCCGCAAGCCUCUGUUUACCUAGCAGUAGGAACCUGGUUAUUUGUCGAUUGGCGCUUUUCCAGGGGUAAUAAUCCCUUCAAAAAGAUAAAUAAACAAUAACAAUGAUCAUGCUUUCAAGAUGUCUCAAAGCGCUUUACAGAAUAUACUGUAAAUUGAAUAUACCCGUGGGCAGAAUGAGGCAGUCAGUUGCGCACAGCAGUGUCCCACAAACAGUCAUGGAUUGAGUGACCAAAUUUGUAUUACUUUAGAAACAAUUGAAGGGCUUAUUACCCCGGAAAGCGAUCCGCCAAUCGACUAACAACCAAGUUCCUACUUACUGCGAGGCAAACAGAGGCGUGUGGAGUAAGGAAACUUGCCUAAAGUUUCGGCCCGCUCAGGAAUCGAACCGGGUCCUCUCGUUUGCGAGGCGAGAGCUCUAACCACUACGCUACAGCAUCUUUCCAGGGAGGGAGAGAGAGAGAGAGAGAGCACAUUCCGUUCCAAUAAAUAUCU